AAGGAACCUACGCACAACACUAAAAGCAAGGGAACCAUUUCAUUCUAAAGCUAUAUAAAGUCUGUUUUUCCCCAACACUCCUACUGUUUAUUCACUAAAGAUACUUUUUCCCUGCAUUAUCUCCACCUCCUUAUAUAUUCACCCUCACUUUCUCAUUAUUCCCCAUUCUUCUGCAUCUCACAACUUCAUUCCUUAUGGCAAAGAUUGUUGGUGUUUUUGUGUGCCUUGCUAUCAUAACACUGGAUAUCACUGCUGGAAUUCUUGGAAUCCAAGCUGAAGCUGCUCAAAACCAGGAGAAGCAUUUAAGGCUGUGGAUAUUUGAGUGUAAGCAACCAAGUCAUGAGGCCUUCCAGCUGGGGUUAGCUGCAGCAAUACUUUUAAGUGUAGCCCAUGUUAUUGCUAACUUGCUCGGAGGGUGCAGUGUUUGUUCUCAAGAUGAGUUUGAGAAGGCUUCUCCUAGCAGGCAGUUGUCACUGGCAUGUCUCGUUUUUACAUGGAUCAUACUGGCCAUAGGAUUAUCCAUGCUGGUGAUCGGGACACAUUCGAACAGAAAAUCAAGAGUCUCGUGCGGCUUCACAGAACACCAUUUUCUGUCCAUCGGAGGGAUUCUUUGCAUGGUUCAUGGAAUGUUUUCAGUAGCUUAUUACGCCACGGCCACCACAGCAUUUACUUAUUAAGAGAUUCUUCUUCUGCAUUAACUAUAAUGUAGCACCUUUUUUUCUUCUUUUACUUUACUUUUGGACUAAUUAUAUGACUUAAUUAGCUUUAAGUGGUGCUGCUUUUACCAUCACCAUCUCCGCAAACAAAGUGUAGUUUCACUCAUAUAUCAUCAAGAAUCAAAAGUUAUUAUCAACUGAUAUAUUACACUC